AUGAAUCGCUUUUUCGACAGUCUAAGCCGAGAAAACCCCCCGCCAGGAUAUGAAGCAUCACCAAGCGCCCCACCGACUUACGAGGAAUCAGAAAGCGACACUACCUUCGAGGAUGCAAAAUCUUUACGUGAUGCUACUAAGAGUAUGGACACAGACAAUGUGACCCUUAAUAGAAUCAUAUCACGUACAUCUUUGAACCCGCAACGAAUGAUAUUGCUGCAGGAGACAUACACACAGCUGUUCAAUCGUGAUCUCGAAAGCGACAUCCGAGGGUAUAUGCCAUCAUCCUUAAAAGAUGCUUCUUUCAAAGAUGCUAUCAUAGGAAUGAUCAAGGGCCCAAUUUGGGUCGAUGUGAAGCGGCUGCACAAUCCUCAUGCCCUUCCUCCUGUCACUGCCAAGCAGGUCUUCAUGGAAAUUAUCCUCUUCCGUCCAAAUUCCCAACUCCAAGCAAUAAAACAAAUGUACGAUAGGCUAUAUCCACGGACUCCCCUUGAAAAACACAUCAAAAUCUCUUGUCCUGGCAAAACCGGCCAGCUUUUGGCCAUGUGUUUAGAAACAACGCGGAAUGAAGAUGGCUCCGACACGCGCUAUGCAGACAUGGUGCGUGCUGACACUCGACGCUUGCACCAAGGCAUCUGGCAACACGAUGCAGAUAUGGAUGAAGUUAUAGAGAUCUUUGCACGCUCUUCUCGCGAGAAAAUCUUCUCCAUGAUGGAGCAAUUCGAAUUCAUCUACCCUCUCACCAUGACGGCCUAUAUUGAGGACAGGCUCAAAGAUGAUUUUCGCGAUACCUUGCUGGUUUUAUUGUCCUGGGCGGAAGACCCGGUGCAAUACAGUCGGGAUACUCUUUUUAAGCUCUUUCACAUCCAGCCAGGUCACUAUCGAGACAUGCCCACUCUCACUCACACUAUGCUUUGGGCGCAUUGGAAUCGAACGAUGUUUGAGGUUGGGAAGAUGAGGCUUCAAUAUACGGGUUAUAGACUGAGGGAAAGGUUGGAAAAGGGACUGUCUAAGAGCUCGUAUCAGAAGUUGAUGUUGACGAUAUGCGAGAGAAAAUACUAA